AUCGUCCAUUGCUUGUUAAUGGCCAGCUGCAGUUCUCUUCUCUCCAUUCUUAAUAUGAGAUUUAAGAAUAGGAAGAGAAUUUAGAGGGAGAAGAAGAGGGAGUACAGACAAGACGGUAAAGCAUGAGGAGAAGAAGAGAUUUGCUUCUGUUGGUGUUACUGUUGAUGGCAGUGGAAACGAUGGGGAUGCUUAUCCAUAACGGAAUGUCAUCGUCGGCGGCGGCCCCGGGGCAUCUGCUGCAUCCCAUCGUGGUGGUGCCCGGCAGCGGCGGGAAUCAGCUGGAAGCGCGGCUUACCGACGCCUACAAGCCCUCGAGCGUCUUCUGCAGGCCGUGCGCCCGCACCAAGGACUGGUUCAGGCUAUGGUUCGACGCCUCCGUCCUCGUGGCUCCCUUGACGAAAUGCUUCGCCGACCGGAUGACUCUGCACUACGACGCCGAGACGGACACCUACCGGAACGCGCCGGGCGUGGAGACGAGGGUCCCUCACUUUGGCUCCACUAGAGCGCUUCUCAACCUCGAUCCCAACCUCGGGCAGAUCACCUCAUACAUGGCGCCCCUGGUGCAUGCUCUUGAAGAAAUUGGCUACGUCGAUGAACAGACCCUGUUUGGUGCACCCUACGAUUUUCGCUAUGGUCUCGGGAACAACCAUUCUUCAUCAGUGGGCUCACGGUUCUUGGCAGAUCUCAAAGGCUUGGUAGAGAAAGCAAGCUCCUGUAAUGGGGGCAAGAAAGUGAUCUUAAUAAGUCACAGCCUUGGAGGACUAUGGACGCUCCAUCUCCUCAACAGAAACUCCUUAUCGUGGCGCCGGAAGUACGUGCAACACUUCAUAGCUUUGUCGCCCCCAUGGGCUGGUACUGUUCAAGAGCUUAUCGUCUUUGCAUCAGGCUACUCCCUCGGCGUUCCCCUAGUGAAUCCAUUGCUCGUCAGGGCAGAGCAGAGGAGCUCCGAGAGCAACCUAUGGCUUCUCCCUUCCCCAGUGGUUUUCGGACGCAAGCCUGUGGUGAUCACGCCGAACAGGACCUAUUCAGCUUCCGACAUACCGGAAUUCCUCGCCGACAUCGGGUUUCCGGAGGGCGUUAAUCCUUACAAGUUGCGGAUUCUGCCAUUGAUGUCUGAGCUGGUUGCACCAUUGGUGCCCGUAACUUGCUUGAUUGGAACAGGGGUUGAUACACCUGAGACUCUGUUCUAUGGGAAGGAUGGAUUUGAUAGGCAGCCUGAAGUUGUGUAUGGAGAUGGAGAUGGAACUGUAAACUCGGCGAGCCUGUUGGCUGCAGUAUCGGCAUGGGAGGGUGUGAGGGAACAGUCACUGAAGGUGAGAAGGUUUCCCCAUGUUUCCCAUACUUCAAUUUUGAAAGAUGAAGCUUCUGUCAGCGCAGUCAUCCGGGAGGUUUCAUCCAUAAAUUCUUUGGCCACAAGAUUAGUGCAAUGACAAUCAAUUUAGCUUCAAUGGUGAAUAAGCAAUUCUUACUUCAGAACAACCAUGGCGCCCCUGAUACCGAUUACAUUCACUAGCUUGGUUGGAUUUCUUGGGAUCGUUGGCAUGCUGUGAUUUCUCCUAGCCUCAGCUUGCCAUCUAAAUUUUUUAUGUUACUUAGUGGGCAUUCCAUCAAUUUCAUCACUGCUUCUUGUGACUUUCAUACUUCAUAGUUAUUUAUAUAUGAGUGAGAAAGAAAGAAAAACAGAUUUCCUGAA